AUGCCGGUCGCUGCUUCCGCCAUCUAUUUCUUGAACCUCCGAGGCGACGUCCUCAUCAAUCGCCUCUACCGCGAUGACGUCGGGGGGAAUAUGGUGGAUGCGUUCCGGAUGCAUAUUAUGCAAACAAAGGAGCUUGGGACGUGCCCCGUGCGUCAAAUCGGUGGUUGUUCAUUCUUUUAUAUGAGGAUCAGCAACGUCUACAUUGUAAUUGUGGUUAGCAGCAAUGCUAAUGUUGCUUGUGCCUUCAAGUUUGUUGUCGAGGCUGUUGCACUAUUCAAGUCAUAUUUUGGUGGUGCUUUUGAUGAAGAUGCUAUUAGAAAUAAUUUUGUUUUGAUAUAUGAGUUGCUUGAUGAGAUCAUGGACUUUGGCUAUCCACAGAAUUUGUCUCCUGAGAUAUUGAAGCUGUACAUUACACAGGAAGGAGUGCGCUCACCAUUUUCAUCGAAGCAAGCUUUGGAUAAGCCUGUACCAAAUGCAACAUUGCAAGUUACAGGGGCUGUUGGUUGGCGAAGGGAGGGCCUCGCUUAUAAGAAGAACGAGGUUUUCUUGGAUAUUGUCGAAAGUGUUAAUCUUCUUAUGUCCUCAAAAGGUAGUGUACUACGCUGUGAUGUGACGGGGAAAAUUCUGAUGAAGUGCUUCCUCUCUGGAAUGCCGGAUUUGAAGUUGGGUUUAAAUGAUAAAAUUGGUCUGGAGAAAGAGUCACAACUGAAGAACCGUCCUACCAAAAGUGGCAAAACAAUUGAGCUUGAUGAUGUUACUUUUCAUCAAUGCGUGAACUUGACAAGGUUUAACUCCGAGAAAACAGUUAGUUUUGUUCCACCCGACGGCGAAUUUGAAUUGAUGAAGUACCGUAUAACAGAGGGGGUAAAUCUACCAUUCAGGGUAUUACCUACAAUUAAGGAACUUGGUCGAACACGUAUGGAAGUGAACGUUAAGGUUAAGAGUGUUUUUGGCGCAAAAAUGUUCGCUCUUGGUGUGGUCAUCAAAAUCCCUGUACCUAAACAAACUGCCAAAACAAGCUUCCAAGUGACAUCUGGACGGGCAAAGUACAAUGCAUCGAUUGAUUGCUUGGUUUGGAAGAUAAGGAAGUUUCCCGGCCAAACUGAGCCAACCUUGAGUGCAGAAAUUGAGUUGAUUUCUACAAUUGCUGAGAAGAAGUCUUGGACACGGCCACCAAUCCAAAUGGAGUUCCAGGUCCCCAUGUUCACGGCAUCCGGUUUACGUGUUCGAUUUCUUAAGGUAUGGGAGAAGAGUGGAUACAACACGGUUGAGUGGGUUCGUUACAUUACCAAGGCAGGGUCAUACGAAGUUAGGUGCUAG